GUUGAUUUCAAGUUGCUUUUUCAAGUUAGCGUCGUUGUGAUAUGCUCAAGGAAAAAACGUUCUUUUUAUUCAAAUGGCUUUCAUUGAAGGUGUUGGGACAGUUAUUUAAUCCUAAGUUUUUGUAUCCAAUUAUUGAAUGUGAUGAAGGAAUAUGGGAAAUCAACCAAUCUUUUGUUGCUGGACUGUCAUCUUUUGAGCUUUACGCGGGUGUUCAUCGAAUUAUUAAUCUAAAAGUGCCUUCACAAUGUUUUUCUAGUUUACUUGAUGAACUGACACACUUUUCGGGUGGUCGAAAAUUGACACUAGAUCCAGCUGUAUUAGAAUCAUAUUCACAUGAAUUAAUGCAAAUGACAAAAGAUCCCAAAUCUAUUUAUUACAAAAGUGAAGUUCUACAAAGUCCUUACAUUGUCCAACCCACUGAUUUGAUAUAUCCAAAUUCUGGAUUACAAAAUGAGGAUAGUUCACAGUCUGUUCAUCAAUUAAAUCUAAUUUGGUUAGCAUCACAUAUUGCUUUAAUUGAAAUGAUUUUACGAACUUACUUGUUGAACACAAUUACACCAGAGACAUUAAUUAAUGCAUUAAGCAUUAUUACUGGAUGUAAUUUGAAAGAGCAUUCAAUAAAAGGACUUCAAGGUGCUGAUGGUGCAUUAUUUUGGUUAGUUACGGUAGCUGCUAGAACAGUUACAAUUUUAGGCAUAAAUGAUUGUACAGAAUGGCUGACUAAUCAUUUAACUGGUAAAGAAAGUUCAAAGAAAGAACAAUCUGAAUCUUCUUGUGAUUCGACGAAUACAAUAAAUACAGACUCUUUGAAAGAGUCAGCGGAUAAAUUCCUCAGAGGAUUAGCAAUGGCAAAUCUUGUUGCAUUAACCUUCCAUUUCUAUUGUCCUGAACUAGCACCAGCUGAAGAUUUUUUAUUUAAUUUCCCGUCAACUGGAGAAAUGGAACCAGCAGCUUCACAUCAUAAUGCUCGUGCAAUUGCUUCAAUAUGCCAAAAGAAUAUAGAUUUGUAUAAUGUUUUAUUUUUAAUGCCAGAUUCAUGUAAUGGAAAUAUAAUUCGUUUAAAUGAUUCAGGUUCAACAACAUUGAAUACAUUAAAUUUAUUAGGAUUUUGUUCACAAGGUUUAGCUAGAUCACCAACACAUAGACGUUUACAACAUGCAGCAAUGGCAGGUGAACUUUUUGUUUGGUUUACAUCACGUUUACCAAAUCGUGAAAUAAAUUCAAUAAUGCCGUCUACAAUGAAUUACACAAAGCAUAUGCAUGAAAGUAAUACCCAACCGUUUCAAGAGGGAUUCACUGGGUUGAAAUGUAAAACAAGUGAUACUGAUGAUAAUCAAAUCAAUAUGAUACCAUUAGAUGAAGUAAAUGAUGAUAGUAAUUCAGCUUCUGGUAGAGGAACUUAUCGACUUGAUGAAACUUUCAAUGAACAUCAAAGACAAGUGAAACAAUCAAAAAAACCAAAUCUACAGACAAGUUAUUUCAUUCGAUCAAAAACUAUACGUUUAAACAAGAAUCUGUCAGAUGUUGAAAAAUUGGACAGUAAACUUAAAGAGCUUUCAACUAAACAAUUAAUAAAUUCAAAAACUGGUGGUAUAUAUUUUCCUGUUGAUUCAAUUGAUACACCACGAAAUGAAGAGAAUAAACAAGAUAAUGUAGAAAAUCAAGAUGAAUCACAAAAUGCACCGACAAAAUGGAAUCCUUUAGAAGCAUUAUUUAAGCCUAAUGUGCUUAAUGAAUCAAGUGAAGUAUAUAUGAAUAUCCCAUCUACGGAAAAUCAUGUAGCUGAGACGGAAUGUACUGAUCAUCGUAGUUCGGAAGUAAUGUCGUAUUAUCCAGUAGUUGACUAUCAGUUUCCAAACACAACUCAGGGUAAUAUAUUGAACUGUAAAAUUACAAAUGUUGAUACUGCUCAUGUAACGACUACAACAAAAUCCCAAUAUUUGAAAGAAAAUCCUGUUACAGAAGAAGCACAGGCGCCUUACAAUCCACAAAAAAUCGAUUCUAAAUCUUUUAGACAUAGUAGAUCAAUGUCACAUAACAGAAUGAUGCCUACUUACUCAUCAUCUCAGCGCAAAUCGCAAAAAUACGAAGAUUUUAAUCCUUCCAGAAGAUCAGGUUAUCGAAUUUCCCAUUCCAGAAAACACUCAAUCGACCAUCAUGAUAAAAACAGUCGGUUUUUUAAAUGGCAUCAUAGACCUUCAAGAAGAAAGAACAAUUUUACACCUUACAACAUUGAUGGUUAUUCAGAUUCUGAUCUAAAUACUAUGUAUUAUAAUAGGAAUAAUAUGGAAUAUUCAUCAUCUGAUUGUUCCAGCAGUUCAGAGCAAAGUGCUGAAGUUCUUGGUGAAGGAAUAUAUUCGAAUUAUUCAAGCCAAAAACGCCACGGUCAUUGUCCGACUUUUGUUGAUAAUGCAGAAUCAAGAAGAACUUUAACACAAAAUGAAAGAAGAAAAUUGUAUAAUCGUGAAAGAAGUAAGCAAAGACAAAGAAAUAUUCCAGAAACUGUCAAUCAACCAUACUUUUAUGGCUCUCAUCCUGUUCAACAACAAGUUCACUGUGUUUAUCCUUACGAAACUGCAAACCAGAAGGUAUAUACAGAUAUACACUGCCUACCUUACGCUCCAGUACAACCAACUUGGAUUCGUCCUCCAUUCAUAACAAAUACUUUAAAUCCCUGUCCGUUUUAUGCAACAAAUCAGCCGACAUUUGUGGGAUCGCCAUCAGUUUCAGUUAUACCACGAUUACAUAAUACAAGUCCUCUGUCAUUUUCGCAUCCAAAUAAUCCUGAUCAGCUCUUAGUAUAUAACUUGAAUGAACAAAAUGUAUUAGUACCAGAGUCAAAUAAUCCUAAUGUACAUAUAAUCACAGAAGCAGUAGUAUCAACUGAAUCAGUCAAUUUGCAAACGGAAGAUUGCUCACCUAUAUCAAAUGUAACAAUUCAAAAUCAGCUUGAAUCUAGAUCCUAUCCAAUUCCACAAUAUGAAAUUAUAUCUAAUCAAAAUUUUGAACCAAAUAAUGUUACAUCAAAUAAUUCUCCAGUAAUUCAAGUACCUGUAUAUUAUUCUCAAGCUGAAUCAUUUUUUAUUCCUUUUGAAACUGAUUCAUCAAAUGUAUCAAGUACAUUUCAUCAUAAACAUAAUUCAAAAUUUAAAUCAAAAAAUAAAUCCGUAACAAAUCAGAAGUUAAUAGAUAACUUUAGUGAAUUGAAACAUUCAAAUCCUUUUGAUAAUGAUGUUAAUCAUUUAGAUGGUAUGAGUUUGGAACCAAUUAAUGUAGUAAUCUCAACCGCACAACUGGAAAAUUACCAAUUAUCAGGUUCUAAUAGAAUCACAUCAAGUUCUGAUACUAUAGAACAAUCAGAAGAUAACAUUCAUACAACUCCUGAUCAAUAUGUAGAUAAUUGUAAAUCUAAACAAUCUGAAAAACAAAUACAAGAACAUGUUCGUCCAAGAAAAGAGAGUAUUUUACCAACUUAUUUAGAGAAACGAUCCAUGAAAGCAUAUAAAAAAGAAAUAAAUAGUUCAGAGAAUUCUAGAUCAUCUUCAGGAAAAUCACAAACAAUUUCAAAUAUGAAAGAAAAUUCAUUUAAAACCAAUGAAAAUGUUGUAAAUACAACUAAAGUAAUAAUUCCUACUCAUCAAAGAAGAACUGCUAGUGUCUCACGAACAAUAGGAAUUGUUAAGCCUAAUUUUAAUGGGGGACAAAGAAGACAUACACAAGAUGAAUUGUCUUUAUUAGAUGUUAAAUCACAAAGACACAUUAUUGAAACUGGAUCUUCUAAUGAUUUGAAAUUAUUUGUUCAACUACAAACUAAAUCAAAUCGUCGAGCUAUUUCAAAUGCAUUAAACUAUUGUUGUUUAGCAGGACCGGUAAACGAAACAAUGAAAAGAACUGCACUUGAAGCUCUUGGAUGUUCAGAUGGUAAACAUUUUAUAAUUCUUUUAAAAAGUCAAUGUCAGUAUAGUGGAUUAUAUAAUUAUUUACCGAUUAUUGAAAAAGCGAUUCGUAUUAGUGGAACAGGACCGAGUAAAAUUGAAAACAAUAUGGUUGAUAAAUACUAUAAAUAUGAUAGUGGAUUGAAAAGAUUUGUUGAAAUCAAUUCCACAUCACAUAUGUCAACUAUUAUCGAUGCCAUACAACUACAUGGACGACCACGUAACUAUUCUACAAAAUCGUAUGCAGCACAAACAACAAAUUCAACUAAAUGUCCUCUACAUGCAAAAUAAAAACUUUUAAAGUUAAAAUCAAACUAAUUUAUAAAAACAAAUGCAUUCACAUUACAUUACAUCACUUGUUUCGGUCACUAUCUGGUAAAUUAAAUAAAUGUUAUUACACUAACAAAUAAACCAAACAAACAGACAAACACGUAACAUGGAAGAAAUACACAUAAAUAACAAAUGUGAAGUGUUCCUUCUUUCAUUUUUAUUUAGAUUUAUUUUUCUUAUGUCAGUAUUUUUUCCUCAGUAAAAUAUUCAAGUAAUCA